GACAGGUGAACGCGCGCAGCUGGCUGGUCGCUCUCGGCGCUUGACAGAUGGAGUUGGUGUGACUCGGAAAUCAGGGCUGAAAGCAUUUGGGAAAUAACAGGAAGAAAUUCAGGUUUUUAUCUGCAAUGAGAACUGAACAGACUGAAAAUGGAGAGAACUCAACAAACUCGCAGAGCGAAAUGCUGAUCAACCAGCUGAGGGAGAUCACCGGCAUCCAGGACGCACAGAUUCUCUACAGAGCCCUGAAUGCCAGUCAGGGUGACAUUGGACAUGCUGUUGGGCUCCUAACAACACAUCCUGCAGAAGUUCAGGAUCCUGGAGAAACACAGGAGUCGGGGAACUCUGGAGAAGCCUGGGAGGGCCAGAAAGGGAUUCGCAAAGAUGAACUGCAGACGGCCAUAGAACUCAGCCUGCAGGAGUCCCACAAUGCCCAGGAGGAGGAGAGAGAAUUCCAUAGGGCUCUGGAGGCCAGUGCAGAGGAGAAUGCAGCAAGGAUGAAAAGGAAAAGAUGCGAAGCCCAGAGCGAGAUGUGCAGCCCUGCAGACUGGAUCCGUCAGGACGACUGGCCUGUGGGCAUUCGCAACGUAGGAAACACCUGCUGGUUCAGUGCCGUCAUACAGUCACUGUUCCACCUGCCUGUGUUCAAGAGGCUGGUUCUCAACUACCAUCUGUCUGAACAAGUGCUGGAGAAGUGUAAGAGCCAUUCAGACAAGAGGAACAUAGCUUUCAUGCAGGAGCUGCGCUGUCUGUUUGCCCUCAUGGUGGGCUCCACUCGCAGGUUCGUAGAUCCGUCUGCUGCUGUGGAGUUACUGCGAGAGGCCUUCAGGACCAGUGAGGCCCAACAGGAUGUCAGUGAGUUUUCCCACAAACUGCUUGACUGGCUUGAGGAUGCAUUUCAGCUGGCUGCCAGUGGAAAUAAUGCAGAGGACAAACAACAAAACCCCAUGGUCCAGCUUUUCUAUGGUACUUUUGUGACAGAGAGAAGACAUGAAGGUAAAACAUUAUGUAACACUGAGCAGUUUGGCCAGUAUCCCCUCCAAGUCAAUGGCUUCAACAACCUGGAUGAAUGCCUAGAAGGUGCCAUGGUUGAGAAGGAGAUUGAAUCACUACAUUCAGAUCACAGCAUUACGUCUGGGCGGGAGAGAUGGUUCAAAAAGUUACCACCAGUCUUGACAUUUGAACUGUCUAGAUUUGAAUUCAACACCCAGCUUGGUCGUCCUGAGAAGAUACACAAGAAGCUAGAGUUCCCACAAAUCAUUUAUAUGGACAGAUAUCUUCACAAAAACAUACAGCAGACCCAUGAGAGGAGAGGAGAAGUGAAAAAACUCAAGGAGCAACUUGCAGCCUUCCAACAGAAAUAUGAAUGCUACAAAAACUAUGGCUCAGGACCUGCCAAGUAUCCUCUGGCAGACAUGCUGCAGUUUGUAUUGGAGUUUGCUACCACCAAGCCUACAAGUGUUUCCCCAGCUGAAGACCUGAGACUAGCUGCAUCUUCACCGACUCCUACAAGCCACCCCCUCAGUGAACCCAUCUCCAAAGACAACAGUGAACCUGGAGACACAGAUUCAUCUGAGGGCCUGGUUUCCAGUGUUUCAAGUUGCCAGAGAACCCCCAUAUACAAGCCAUUCACCCAGUGCAGACACCCUAUUGACUGUCCACCACACCCUGCCCCACACAGCAUCACUGAUGAGGAGCUUCACUUUGUUAAGACCUGCCUACAGCGAUGGAGGACCGAAGUAGAGAAUGAUAUAAAUGAGCUGAAGGCCAGCAUUGACAGGCUCACUCAGACACUCGAGGGCAUGUACUCAGACAACAGUCUCUGCCAGGUACCCUACAGGCUCCACGCAGUGCUUGUCCAUGAAGGCCAGGCAUCAGCAGGUCAUUACUGGGCCUACAUCUAUGACCACGCCAACCAGCGCUGGAUGAAGUACAAUGAUAUCAGCAUCACCGAAUCGUCAUGGGAGGAGCUGGAGCGAGACUCAUUCGGGGGCAUGACCAAUGCCAGUGCAUACUGCCUGAUGUACAUUGAUGACAGGCUACCCCAUCUUAUUACAGAAGACACAGAUGAUGAAACAGGCCAGGUGCUUCGUGGCAUGGACUCCCUGCCACCCGUCCUUAGGCGCUACGUCCAUGAGGAUAACCGCUGGUUUCAGCAGGAGCUCAGUGAAUGGGAGGAACAGUUCUGCCAGACAGCAGCCCCACAGGGGGAGUCCACAGCGUCUGUGGAGCCCCCACAUCCUGGUCCAGAUGAUGAGCAGCAAAUACCUGUUGAGCCAGCACCUCAGUCAGGACCCUCCACUGAAGAGCAGGACCAGGGAGCUGCUUCAGAGCCACAACCAGAUCCAGAAGCAGAGAAAGAUCCUGAGCCUGAACCCAGAGAGAAGUCUGAAGAAGAAUCUGAGCUUCUGCUGCCACCACCACCACAGAGCCCUGGCUGCCAGCCAGACGACAGCAGCAGUGCACCGGUCACCGACACCCUGGGGCCCAGCCAGAGCACCAUCUCAGCUGAGAAGGAGCCACAGAGUCAGACUCCCAGUUCUGGAGCAGAGCCUAGUAACCAGACACCACCUGACCUCCAUGUGGAUAAGGAUAACACAGAGGUGGCAGGCCUCAGCUCUGAAAAUGAAGGUGAUCCAGAGGCCUCAGGUGAAUCACCUGAACAUGAAGCAGAGCGGGAAGGUGAGGAGCAGCAGCAGCAGGAGGUCCCAGUUAGACAGCGACAGACUGAGAACGAGGUCUCAGAAGUGGAGAUCCCGAACGUGGGCAGGAUUAUGGUGAGGGCUGAUGCUGAUGGAUACAAUGAAGAGAUGAUGCUGACUCCAGCUAUGCAGGGCGUCAUUCUAGCUAUAGCCAAGGCCCGACAAAUUUUUGACACGGAAGGUCCUGAGGCUGGCCUCAUCAAGGCCUUCCAUGAGGAGUAUUCCCGCUUGUAUGAGCUCUCCCAGGAGGAGACUACACCCCAGGAGGACCCUCGUCUGCAGCACUCUUUGGUCUACUUCUUCCAGAACAAGGCACCCAAGCGCAUUAUUGAGAGGACACUGCUGGAGCAGUUCACUGACCGGAACCUAAGCUUUGAUGAAAGGGCCAUCAGUAUCAUGAGGGAAGCCCGAGCCAAGCUGCGCCUCAUCAAGCCAGAGGACAUGGACAUGGAUGAGUACAUGCAGUGGCAUGAUGACUACAGGCUGUUCAGGACAGUGUUUGUCUACCUGUUGACUGGGCUAGAGCACUACCAGCAUGGAAAGUUGCGUGAGGCACUGAAUUACCUGGCUCAUGCGUACGAGACCAACGCCACUCUGCUGAAGAACGGAGAGAAACGUGGCAUGGACAAGUCUCUUAUUGCAGUUUACAGGAGAAAAUGCCUCACUGCGUUGAAUGAAAGCGCAUCGCGGCAGUUUUGCAGUGGUGAGGAGAGCAAGGUGGAGGAGGGCGUCGCCAUCAUGGAUGAGGCCGUCAUCCCCUGCCUCCACCUGAUGAGCCGGGACCCUGCUUUAUCCCAGGAAGACCGGGAUGCCAUGGAGAGCAUCCGCAGCCACUGGUGCUGCUGCCUGGGCCAGGACAUGGAUGACUCAUUGCAGGUGAAGCUGGGUGAGUUGCUUCCCAGGGUUCUGGACGGUUCAGCUGAGACAGUAGUGCUUAAAGACCCACCCAAAGUCCACGUCAACCAGGCCCACGACCUGUGCAGUCGCCUGGCUGCUGUCAUGGAGUCCAUUCACAACACCUCGAUAGUCAUCGUUAAGUAAAGUCCUGAAUGAAACCUCCAACAACCUGCUUCAACCGUGCGUCCAAAUUGCAAGCAACAUGGAUGGUGGAUUGUUCUGUACUGACUGAUUUAGCACUGCACAUAUAUGUCAUUUAAGAUGUAAACAUAGCAAACUGUAAGCACUCAUUAGAGGUAGUAGACAGGGGGUUGGUCAGAGUUUAACCCAAAAGAAGAACAAGUUCUAAAAGGGCUCCAAAAUGAUCAAAUUACAUCCUCAGCAUUCUUCUCAUUAGCUUUCAAGUUUACCCUCUGCUUUCCCACUACCAGCAAGCCCCAUCUGCUAAAAAACAAGUUUUAUAAAUGUAAAUGAUUCCCCUCAACUUUAAAUACACACUUAGUACCCUCUCUUAAGGCCACAUUGUGUACUUACAGAAUGUACAGUUGUAGCACUACAUAGUGGCUGUGAUCUUUUCCUGUAAAGACUUAUGUAGUUAUAAUCUGCUUCUUUUCUGUGUUGCACUCAUCACUCACACAGUUAUCCAUGAAAUCAUCCUGCUGAACAUGAAACAAAAUUACAUCGGCAGAACAAUGAAGCAUUAAAUUCUGACUGGAACUCUGAAAGGUUCAUGGACAUGUUUUACUGACUGGCAAACUUGUUAAGUUGAAAAAAAAAAGGCAACAAUUAGACUCAUGUUAGUCAUUUAGCCCUGCAGGGAGUGGCUAGAUUGUUGAUUGUGUUGCUAAGUGGUGUGAACGCACGAUGAAGCCUUUAUACAGGGCUUAGAAAACACUAGAUUUGUACUGCACAGUAACAAAUAAUGUUAAUUAGCUUUUUUUUAAAUAUAUGUUUUAUAUUACUUUGUAUUUUUCCGAAACGGACUCUAGAAGAUUUUACAUGUAGAUGAAGUUCAGAAAGAAAUCUACAGUAUAGUUAUGCAUACACAUAUUAAUGAUAUUGAUGGCAGGGUGUUCUCUCUCUCUCUAACUUUAAAAGGGGAGCUGCUGCACACUCAGAUCUCAGUGUAUCUGUGGACUGGAUCUCCUAGUGUUGCUGUUGGACAGCACCUUGCAUAUACAGAUGUGCCUUUUCUGCCUUUUUUAGGGGUUCUCUGUAAACCAUGUAAGCCCUUUGAAAGGAAGGACAUGGGACAACAAGAGAUGAAAUCCUUUUUUUCUAGAUGCAAAGCAGUAUCAUGAAUGAAAGCCUCCAAAUCAGGAUUUUCAGGCCAGCAGCAUGGAGCUCCUCUAACAGCCAUUUCUGGCUGCUGAAUGCACACUGCCUUUUCACUUGUAGUCUGUGAUGAUACUCAAUAAAUGUUUUAAAUACUC